ACAAUGGCAGCCAAGAACUCCUCUGUGACAGAGUUCAUCCUCGCAGGCUUAACAGACCAGCCGCAACUCCAGACACCCCUCUUCUUCCUGUUUCUAGGUUUCUAUGUGGUCACCGUGGUGGGGAACCUGGGCUUGAUAACGCUGAUUGGGUUGAACUCUCGCCUGCACACCCCCAUGUACUUUUUCCUCUUCAACCUCUCCCUAAUAGAUUUCUGUUACUCCACUACCAUCACUCCCAAAAUGCUGAUGAGUUUUGUCUCAGAGAAGAACAUCAUCUUGCACUCAGGGUGUAUGACUCAGCUCUUUUUCUUCUGCUUCUUUGUUAUCGCUGAGUCCUUCGUCCUGUCCGCGAUGGCAUAUGAUCGCUAUGUUGCCAUCUGUAACCCACUGGUGUACACGGUCACCAUGUCUCCUAAGGUCUGUUUACUCCUUUUGUUGGGUGUUUAUGUGAUGGGGUUUUCAGGGGCCAUGGCCCACACGGGAAGCCUAGCAAGUCUGACCUUCUGUGCCAACAACCUUGUCAAUCAUUUCAUGUGUGAUAUCCUUCCCCUCCUUGAGCUCUCCUGCAACAGCACUUACGUGCACGAGCUGGUGGUCUUCAUAGUUGUGGCCACUGACAUCGGAAUGCCCAUUGUCACCAUCUUCAUCUCUUACGCUCUCAUCCUCUGCAGCAUUCUCCACGUUCCCUCCACUGAGGGCAGGUCCAAAGCUUUCAGUACGUGCAGCUCCCACAUAAUUGUGGUUUCUUUUUUCUUUGGUUCUGGGGCUUUCAUGUAUCUCAAGCCACCUUCUGUUUUGCCCCUUGACCAGGGGAAAGUGUCCUCCGUGUUCUAUACCAUUGUGGUGCCCAUGUUGAAUCCAUUGAUCUAUAGUUUCAGGAACAAGGAUGUCAAAGUUGCCCUGAGGAAAACCUUGGGAAGGAAAAUAUUUUCUUGAGAAAAGAGUACUAUUUGAAGAAGGAGAUGCAAUGUGUUGUUUGUUAG